AUGAUGUACAAAGUUUUAAAUUCAGACCAACUUCUUGAACUUUUUGCGAAUCUCAGAGAUGGUCUACCGGGUACUGCAAAGAUAUUUUACACAGUGCGUCACAUGUUGAAAGGAUUGUUACCAAAUUUUGAGUGUUUAGUUGACAAAUGGCCAAAUUGGACAUGCAUUGUUUUACGACCAGAAGCAAAUAAGGAGGUGCCUCAAUUUUUUGAAAAUUCAUAUAUUUGUCACACAAAUAGUGCCAGUUCUUUAAAAUAUUUUUUACAAAGACCUGGAGUGAUAGAUUGGACAAAAUCAGCCAAUUUCUCUGGUAUUCCAUAUGAUUUGAUAGCAGUGACUAAAGAAUUUGCUCGGAAACUUGGAGGAAAGUUUGAAUGUCGAGAGCCCCACAUUAUGUAUGCUUGGUGUGAAGCUGUUUCUCUUGACAUGCCCAGCCACAUUCCAGAAGGUUUCAUUCUGGAUACACUCAAGAAAUCUGAUAUUCCCAUGGUCUUCAAACAUUGGAAAUCCUCUCUUUCUGAACACAAAGGAAUUUACGACUAUUUUGAAACAAUUAUUACGAACUUUGAAAAUUCAUGUCUUCGUGACAAUGCCACAAGUGAAGUUGUUGCUUACACAUGUCGAAAAUUUAAUGGUUCCAUCUCCAUGAUUUAUGUACAACCUAAACACAGGCGUAAAGGUUUCUGUCACAUUGUAUUUGCUGAUAUAAUGCAGAAGAUCAUUGAUAACGGGGACAUUCCAUUUGGAUUUUUAGCCACAAACAGUAAAGAAUUAAUAGAAACAGCACGAAAACAUCAUUUCACUUGGGUUCCGCAGAGUAACAUGACGUGGGCAACUUAUGAAAUGACUCGUCCAUUUUAA